AUGUCUUCAUCCACCAGUAAGAUGGCAGCGAUCACGCCGCGCCAGACGAUUCGAGGUCAUACCAAGUGGGUGAAUGGUGUUGUACACUUGCCUGGCAAACGACACAUCGUCACAUGUUCGUGGGACAGCUCACUCCGACUAUGGGACCUAGAGAGCGGUGCACAGAUAGGUGAAGACUGGUGGGACGGGGAAAACACAAUGUGGUCUAUGGCAUUGUCUCCAAAUGGUCAGACAAUUGCAAGUGCAGGCGGUGAUUACGAUGUGAGGCUGUGGGACGUCAAGACGAGGAAGGUCAUUUCGAAAUGGACCGGACACACCCAUGUUGUGCGCGCAUUGUGCUGGAGUGCAAAUGGUGAGCGAAUAGCGAGUGGAUCCUGGGAUGGUAUGGCAAGAGUCAGGGAUGUCAACAGCGGCAAAACUGUCCUGACAAUCAAAACCGGGCACACAUGGGUGUAUGCGGUGAUGUACUCGCCUGACUCGUCAAAACUUGCGACGGGCGGAGACAAAUCUAUUAAAGAGGACACAGCUGUAAAAAUCUGGGAUGCGGAGACGGGCGAGCGUCUUAACACACUCAAACACGACAUCACAGUUUGCAGCUUGGCAUGGACGUCGGAUGGGAAGAAGCUUAUCUCCGGUUCAUAUGGCCCGAUUAGGAUAUUCGACACUGCCACUUGGCAGCAGAUCGCCACCCUUGAAGGUCACGAGCACUAUGUCUCCGCCAUCUCCUUAUCUCGGAACAACCGCUUCCUUGCAAGUACAUCAAUCGAUAAAACAGCGCGUCUAUGGAAUCUCGACGCCAACCUCCAAGUCGGACCACCUCUCCAGCACGAGCAGGAUUUGCCUUCUGUAGCCCUUUCCUCUGAUGGAAAGGUGCUAAUCACUGGUUGUGGAAACAAUAACGCGUAUAUAUGGGAUGUUCACGCCAUCCUCAAAAAAGCUGGCCUUGAAGACCUCCUCCCGUCUAUUCCUAAUGUCCCGAUUCGAAUGUCGUUAAUGAAUAACGAUGCUACACGACGUCCACCUAUUCAAGCCCGUCAAAUACCACAAGCAUUUUUCGACGGGGUACAAAAUAGUGCCCAGUCCUCUGCAACACGCGGUACCCAUCCUCGUUCUCCUGCACAACACCCUCACAGUACUCUGGCAUCCCUUCUAGAACGCUUUUCAUCGCUCUUCCGCCACUCUCGCUUUGAUACCGAUGGAGCAAUUGAACUCCAGCAACGCCCAACGCAGUCCAUAUUCUCUCGUAGUCCUCCUAUUGUUGAAGUCUCUGCAGUACGGGACAAAAAACCACUGUUUGUUGCUCGCCGGCCAAUACAUGACAAGGAAAAACGAGCACAACAACAGCAAACUCAAUCGCACAACCAAGCCGAGGUGUUAUCAUCAGAAACUCAACCCUCCGAUGCCUCGACCGCCGGCACACCUCCUACUCCAGGUACUACCGCACUACGUGCAAGACCUGCGCAUUCGCGACUCGUACGAUUGUUGUCUCAUCUCGUGCUUUUUCUCUGCUGCGCAUCCCCUCAACAUGCCGGUGGCAAUGUACAACCAACACAGCUGCAGGAAAGUCAAUCGCAAGGCCAUGCUACAUCGCCACAAACACAGCACCAGCAAGGUCAAUCACAAGGUCAACCCCAGGCUCAGGCGUCAUCAUCGCAGACUCGGCCUGCCACCCCCUCCACGUCCGCAACACCUACUGCUAUUGAUGCCCGUACUACCGCAGCAAGGAAGCAACCACGCCCCCUUCCAUUGCGGACCCGUUUCAUUCUUUUUCUCUGUUGUGCAUCUCCCCCGUAUGCAGAUGGGCGCUAA